CUUUUUCGUGAAUAGGAAUAAGGAAUAUGUAAUUAGCUAUCGGCGAUUUCGCUUCUUAUCGCAUCCUAUGUGCAAGGCUCAAGGAAACGCAUAGGGAAUAGGGAUUGAAUUGGCUGCGACGCGGCGCAGUGGUGAGGGCUGACCGGUGGUUGGUCGAUGGCGGCUUGGGAAGAUUUUUGAGGUUAUACCAAGGAUAUUGUCCGGCGAGGAUCGGGUUUCUAAUCGCGGGUUAUACGCGCGGGCGACCAUAGGUCGGCACUUCGGCAGACACGUUUCGUCGUCGCGAGCGAAGAGACGUGGUAUCCCAGACGUGGUCUCGAGUGACGCACAGCCGCAGCCAGUUGCAGCGACAACAGCAGCAGCAAACCCCCCUCGUUGACGUGAAUUCGGCAUUCACGUUCGUUAUACGUACGGCAAAGUGGACUCGAUGUCGAUAAUAUGUCGGCUACAAACGACAUUAGGACGACGCGGAUGCACAGGAUGGCCCGUCGGGCCGUUUGACGAUUAUUUAUGAAUUCACGGAGGGGUCUGAAAAGAAGGUGUCCACGGUACAACAACAUGGUGAAGGAGAAGGCGAAUUCGAUCCGCAUCUACGAUUCCGAGGGCUACAGACGUAGAGCUGCCUGCAUCUGCGUCAAAAACGAUCUCGAGGACGAGGUACUAUUAGUUACAUCUAGUCGAAGACCCGACAGUUGGAUAGUACCAGGCGGCGGUGUGGAACCUGAGGAGGAACCAUCUGUCACGGCUCUUCGCGAGGUCCGGGAAGAGGCUGGCGUUCUAGGACAAUUAGGCCGUUGCCUUGGAACAUUUGAGGUUAUAACCCAUGAUAACACAGAACACAAACACAGAACGGAAGUGUGGGUUAUGCGAGUGACCGAGGAAUUGCCAGAGUGGGAGGACUCGCGUGCUAUCGGUCGGAAGAGAAAAUGGUUCACCAUACCGGAGGCCCUGCUGCAACUUGGCCAGCACAAGCCCGUCCAGCGCUCUUACUUGCACAGCCUCCACAAUACUAAUCCUCGACAUAAUCCCACCUCUCAGCUGUCCAACCAUUCGCACUCCACGAUGGCAUCUAUCGAGCUAAUGAAUAACUCUAGUAACAAUUCACGUUUAAGUGAACACAGCUAAUAUCGUCGUGAAUCAUCCAUUUCUAUCGAAAAUUCUAUCGCCAUGAAGUCUCGCUGUUACUCCUCCUUUCUCCCCUUAAGGGAAUUUCACGGUAACAAUUUACUCUCUGCUGUGUUUUAUACAUAUAAAUUUAUAUUACCUACGCUUAUCUUUAUUAUCAUGAUAUUAUUCUUAGGUUAAUUAUUAUUAUUAUUAUUAUUGUAUUAUGUUUACUUAUAUAGAUUGUUGAUGAUAAAUUGUUUCAUAAAGAAACACUUUCUUUUUUGUAGACAGGUUCUCAUUUCUGAUGUGAUUUUUUAUCGAAUGUGCGAGAAGAAUAAUUAAGUCAAUGGUUUCAUUAUUAUAUUUAGUGUUUGUGCCUAAUAUAUACGUAGAAUGUCAUACACAUGAUCCUUUUCCAUGCAUCGCAUAGCCUGGCUCCAACACAGUUGUGCGAAUAUCUUGGUAACUUUUUCUACAUUUUCUCAAGAGGCGAAGAGAGAAAAAGUUAUGUACUUGUUAGCAUACGGAUGAUAAAUUAUGUACUUUGUAUAUUAACUUCUUGAAUAAAUUUUGUAAUGAUUUCUGCAAAGUAUAUAAAGAAAA